CCCGAACGAAGAGAACCGAACGCUUCCGAACGUCAGUCGAGCGGGGCGCGGUCGCCGUCACGGAGUGAAGCUGGCGCUUGUCAUCCGGCCGCCAUUAUCUUGUAUUUGAAGGGAUAUUUAAAAUAAAUUAAAAUUCCCGCUGUUGUUACGUGUUUUCAGUGCUGUGUGUAGUUUGGAUCAACUUUGUAAAGUGUUACAGAUUGAAUUUGGAGUGUGUAGUGGUACAAUAGUUAGGUUACUGUGUUGGGUGCUAACGUUUGUGUAGGGUGGCUCCGGCUAAGCCGGAGCGGCUGGAAGCGUGUGGAGCGCAUGCAGAGGGAGCGGUGAGAGCACGCCCGGCUGGGAAGUCGGGGCGGCCGGCGUACAAGAAACAGGAACAACUGCCGACAUGGGGUGCGCCCAGUCGGCGGAGGAACGAGCGGCGGCCGCUCGCAGCCGACAGAUCGAGAGGAACCUGAAGGAGGAUGGCAUUCAGGCCUCUAAAGAUAUCAAGCUGUUACUGCUAGGCGCUGGCGAAUCGGGCAAGAGUACUAUAGUCAAACAAAUGAAAAUUAUUCACGAAAGUGGCUUUACGAAUGAAGACUUCAAACAGUACCGGCCAGUGGUGUACAGCAACACGAUCCAGUCACUCGUCGCCAUCUUGCGCGCCAUGCCCAACCUGGGUAUUACCUAUGGGAAUAAGGACCGUGAGAGCGAUGGCAAGAUGGUGUUCGACGUGAUCCAACGGAUGGAGGACACGGAGCCGUUCAGCGAGGAGCUGCUGGCGGCGAUGAAGAGGCUGUGGGCCGACUCCGGCGUGCAGGAGUGCUUCGGCCGCUCCAACGAGUACCAGCUCAACGAUUCCGCCAAAUAUUUCUUGGAUGACCUGGACCGGUUAGGUGCUAGGGAUUACCAGCCCACCGAGCAAGAUAUUUUAAGAACUAGAGUCAAAACCACAGGCAUUGUCGAAGUGCACUUCUCCUUCAAAAACCUUAAUUUCAAAUUGUUCGACGUGGGUGGACAGCGGUCCGAGAGAAAGAAAUGGAUCCACUGCUUCGAGGAUGUGACCGCGAUCAUAUUCUGCGUCGCCAUGUCUGAGUACGACCAGGUGUUGCACGAGGACGAGACAACGAACCGUAUGCAGGAGAGUCUAAAGCUGUUCGACUCGAUCUGCAACAACAAGUGGUUCACGGACACCAGCAUCAUCCUGUUCCUCAACAAGAAGGAUCUUUUUGAGGAGAAGAUACGCAAAUCUCCGCUCACCAUCUGUUUUCCUGAAUACACGGGCGCACAAGAGUACGGCGAGGCGGCCGCAUACAUCCAGGCGCAGUUCGAAGCCAAGAACAAAUCCACCACCAAGGAGAUAUACUGCCACAUGACAUGCGCCACCGACACCAACAACAUACAGUUCGUGUUCGACGCCGUCACCGACGUCAUCAUCGCCAACAACCUGCGCGGCUGCGGCCUCUACUAAAACCCGUCAAUAAACCACACUUUACCCUCACUUACCCUACCUUACCCUUACUUACCUUUUACACUACCCCAACAGCGCCGGCCCUGGAGUAGAGCGAGCAAAGAAAAUGGUCGCUUUAAGCCGAAUUUAAACAACUUUUAAUCGGACAAGAGUUUUCUAAUUUUCAUGAAAUAAUCUUACUUCCCAGUGGUGAAGAAAAAUUACAUAAAAUAAAUGCGUCGACCAAAACGCACAGAAAGACAAAAUUUUGUUUAGAACAUUUACGUGAAAUAAAAGAAAUUACGCUCUCGUCAAGGGCUUUGGCCGGUGCUGAUAACCUUGCAAUAUACAAUAGACCCGCUCGCGAGUGGCCUCAUCUCGUGUUCUUUUGCAGAUACGAAUUGGUAGUGUUCGAAUAUUAACAUCGUCUCGGUCCCUCUAUAUGCAUUUCACUGUUUGGUGGGAACUUUGCGGCACUGUGUAUGUAGGGACUGUAAUGUACGAGGUUUGGAAGUAAAUGAAAUAAAUCUAGCAACAGCUGAACUCCUCACACCCUUGACGCUCAGAUAACCUUCUAAGAAAGGGAUAAACACAGUGCGAAGCUAUUCAUUCUGUGAAUUUCAACGGCCUUGUGCAAAAUCUAGUGCCGCUAUCGAAAUUUGAGUUAGAGACAGAUUGAGACGACAAUAUUUUUGAAUAACUAACAAAAUUCCGUACUAGGCGCGCAGUCUACCGAAUAUAAGGCGUCCGUUUUGCGAUAAAUAAUAUCAUAAAUAAUCUUGCUUCGAUUAUGUUGAUCGAUAAAGAUUAACAACUGAAAUUGGGAUUGUUGGAAUACGACUUUCUGUUUCAAUUUACUUAAGUUUGUGUGACCAUCUGAUUGGCGCUUGAGACUUCCAAAAACUCGAUCGCGUUUACGUAACAGACAUCGGCUGAAAGUACUCCGUAUAGAAAGCCAUAAAAAUAACUAAUAAAUAUACUGACGAUUUGAGAACCUCCUCCUUUUUGAAGUCGGUUAAUAAGUAACACAUUGCCGUUUCCAACAGAUGGCUUUUAUUAUGUAAAUUUCGUACAAUAUAACUUUUACGUUAACGCGAUUGUGUAAGUUAAGGACAAUCGGUUAGUUCUCCACUGCGUUCUAUCCUCGAGUUGACAUGUCGAUUGUUUACCGCUGUCAUCAUGAGAGGGCGCUGUCUUCACGUAUAGGAGAAUAACCUAACCUAACCCUGUCAGCACGUUAAUAUAAUGCCAGUACUUCACAUGGCAAUUCAUAUUUGCUAUUUGUCACGUUGACAGCAGGAUGUCCUUAUCAUGUUCUAUAGGGAAUGAAAAAAUGAGACUAUUGUCAGGUUUACAAAUAGCAAAUAGCCACUUGAAGAGCCGGCAUGACGAAAACAGAUAAUUGCAGUUGUUGCCAUAAACGGAUUUUAGACACAGAAAAUUUUGUAGCGACCGAGUCAAUUGCGCGUAACAUAAUGCGAGAUAAAUCUUGACUGUCAUUCAUACACAAAGAAUGCUUGAAAGCGACAUUUCUGCUAUUCAUAUGUCCAAGGUGAAAUCACGGAAGUGUGUUAGAGGACGCACAAGAUGUUGAUUCUUAAAUUUUUUACAGGCUUUUUUAUCAAAUCAAACUUUUACUGGUAAAAAUGGACUCUAUAUCGUCCAACCGCCGUUGUUACUCACCCCGAAGGCUCGAUUUUUACCGCUAAAUCAGAUUUUUUAUUGUAAAGCUCAAUUUCACUGUAGCAGCUUGUUAUUGCGAUUCUUUGCUAACCGGAAAACGGUGUGUUUCUAAAAUUAACGGCUCGUUAUGGUUGGCGGUUAAAAAGGCGAGUCGAUAGGGUUUCAUCCUAAGCAUAUCACGAGUGAUGGCCGAGGAUGGGAGCGCGGUAUAGUCACCAUCACUAUGUAUCAAAAGUGAAAGUCUAAAGACAAAAGUUGAAUUUCUUCACCCGGACACGCCGUCACUCCGCCCAUUCUGCAGUCCGCUAUUCCGCAAUUCCGCAUUCCGCGCGUUCGCACCGCACUUUCUUUCCCUGUAAUAUAAACCGUACGUUAUUUUCUGUUUAAUUAGACCGCCGCUGCUGACGACUAGAACAGUUUUCACGACGAAUGUGUACUAGUGAUCUAGUGUUCGAUUCUAAAUUUUGGUGCUAGGGUGUUAGUAUUCGGUCGGUGCGAGUCAGUGCGAUCGAAUGCGAGCAAGAGCGAGACGCGGCUAUGUGUGCGAGCGAGAAGCGAUGUCCACUCGGUGUCACUCAACUCCGCUCCGGUAAAAAAAAACUUGCUUAUAUACUCACUCUCUUACGGACCAAUAACAGAAUGGAACCAAUAUUUAGUACUGAAAUACACGGUAGUUGAGAUGCAUUGAAUAUGUUCGCAGGCCUACUUAAACUGAUAUGUACUACAAAAACAUCAUUCCAUUAUUAAGUAUAUCGCUUACGAUGAUGAGAUGUUAUUUUUUUAUAAACUUUUGAAUGCACAACUGUGACCGCUAUAUUGAAUUUGAGAUGGUAGUGUUUAUUUUUUAAUGUACGUACACCUUGAAUCAUUUAUUAAGCUAAGGCCCGUCUCGACCUCGAUUGAAAUGUUACUAUUAUUAAUUUUAAUUUAAGACAAUCGCGUAUUUAUGCACAAAUUAUUUACCCCUGUAAGAGCAUUGAUUAUGUUGUUAUGCCAUAUUGUAUACUGAAUUUUGAAUAUUUCUUGUGUUAAUAUUUUUUCUAUAUCACUUUACAGUUAACCUUUAGGUGUAGCCAUAUAAGAUCUAUUCUUGUAUUCAAAUAUGAAAAAUCAUGUAACAUAUUUAUUUUAUCUAGCAUAUAAUAUGUUUGUAUUAAAGGGAGGUAUAAUGUAAACGUAUCAUGUUUAGUUCGGUAUUUAAGUGAUUAACCAAUGUUUAUGUCAUGUUAAUCUUAUUUUGUGAAGGUGCGUGGCGUCUCAGUGUAAGGUUUGUGAGUAUCGCAAGCGGCGGUCGCGCGCGACCUUGUAAGCUAUGUGAGUAUAUAAACUUUGUAUACACUCGCGAUUUGGCGUAAUCAAACACUAUACAUAUAUAUACUAUAUAACAUAAUUUAUUAUUAAUAAUAAUAAUAAAAUAAAAAAAUCUUACUUUUAAGCAUUAGGGCAGUAACUGUAUCAAUAAACAUUAAUUAAUAAUGCAAUUAGGACAGUAAAACCUUUACUAUCGUCAUAGUUAGGUGAUUUUAUUUUCAUUUUACGUUUAUGAAGUAUGUAAAAAGUGAUUAAAUGAAAAUGUAACGCCUACACUGUGACCGCGCGGGCCCCUCGCCGGGCGUCCGGCACGGCGGCGCCGGAUCCGCGGACUCGACGACGGCCGGACUACGUCCACCGUACACCGUACACCGUACCUAUAUAACGUACGUUCAGGUUACAGAAGGGGCGCUGCUCAAUGUACGCCCGCGGGGGCCCGCGCCCGAGCGCGGCUCGCUUGUUGCUAGGUAGGUUUUUUACUGUUAUGUAACAAUAUGUGUACGUAAAACUAAUAAAAAUAAUAUUAGCGCAGUUCUACAUUCGACCCGAAAACCUACAUUUAAGUAAGCUUCACACUACAUUAAAAUAAAUGGUUUUUGAAACGUGUGAACGAAUGAAUGGUGGUGGAUGUGAAUUUAAUCAUUCGAAUGUCUGUCUGUCGGUUUAUUGGCUCCAUCCGUGCGGCGGGUUCGAUGCGUGGUAGUCUCGUGUGAUAUGCUUACUGCUGCAUUAUUGGUGACACGUCUAGGCUCGGUACUUAGUCAGAUGUGAUGAGGGGUCAUCGACCCAGCCCCAGUGCUUGGACAGAUGUGAUGAGAGGUGGUCGACCCCGCCACGCCCCCGCCGAGCCGAUGCAGCGCGUGUGAGUCGGCGUCGUCAGUUUUGCAUUUCGAUGUGUUCCUCCGCCGCUGAAUAUAACUUGUAUGCUUUAUAAUAUAUUUCGAGUGAAUGUGAUGUAAAUUUUGUACACUGCCGCAUUCUUUAUUCGCUCGAAUCACAUUUAGUUUAAGUAUUAGAUUUGAGACAGUGAUCGAUCCGCACAAUCAUAAUGCAUACGUGUCUGGAGCUCAAAGCAAGCGGCCACUGGUCCGCCUCACCGCGUCACGUGCGUGCUCUGUGCGUUGGCUUCUUAUUUGAAGACUGAAUUGUUGCGGCUCAAACGUUCUCGCGCUUUAUUAGAUCCACGACGGGGGAUGUUUAAUGAGAAGUUUUUUUAAGGAUUAGCGUUAGUUGUCGGGUCAUCAUAAUAGACGUCUUCAUAAUUAUCAUGUGGCAAGUGCGAACACCCGACACGCCGUCGAAGAGAGAAUUGAGCGACGUUCGGUUAAUAAUUUUAAUGAUACGCAGAAUCUUUGUCACAAUGUUGUCGAUCUAAAACGAUAUCACCGUGCUUCAUUCAUAUUUGCCAAAGUUAAUACUAACCUCACUAUUUAUACUGUAUGUUCUUGAUAACUUAAUUAUGUGUGAGACUCGCGAUUAGGGCGGAGGCGCAGUGGCGUCAGCGCGGUCCCGGCGUCGAAUAAUCUUAUUCGUACCGAUCAGAGUACAAUGUUGAAAAAAUAUCUUAUUUAGAAUUGAUGACAUGUAAACAUUUAUUUCUAGCGCGUGCGAGGGUGGGCUCGGUGGGCUGCGGGGCGCGGCGAGCCCAGUCCGGCGUCCUAGUACUAAUCGUUAGACACGUUUCUACUGUAGUGUUGUUGGCAUUAUAUUGUGACUCGCGAUCGCCACACGUCUCGCCACAUGACCCGCCGAGCGACACCCUCUAUUGAACAAACGUUUAAGAAAGUAAAUUUUUAGUCACUAGUGGGUAAUUUUUGAAUGUGAUUCAAUCUUAUCUUUAUUUUUCUAUAUCGAGUGACAUUUUUAUCUAUGAUUUCUCUAAGUUUCAACUUGUUUUGUAUUGCAUUUACUGAAAGCGAUGUAUUUAACCAACGAUGUAAUUAAACAACAAUAUUUUCCUCUUUUUGUAUCUCGUCUGCACUGGUAUUUUUUUAUUGAAUUUACUAUAAAUGUACUUUAAGUGUAUAAUUUUAAAAUAAUUACUGAAAAUGAUUAUAUUCUAAUUUUUAUGUUCAAAUAUUUACGUUAGUUUUAUUUCUGCCCUUGACGAUUCCUUCCCUUAAUGAUAUUAGCGUAGCAAUAUUUAUAUACGUAAAGGGCGCAUCCUUUAUUCGAUCUUAUUAAAAUUCUUCCUAGUAUUUUCUCACCUGUAGUGGCAAACAUAACCCGACAAGAGCGUUGCUCUUAAAACCAUAGAGAGGAGAGGUGGCAAACAGUAGAGACAACGGAGAACAACUGCUUGAAGCCCUUAUGACAACGUCAUUUGGUUGCACUUGGUCGGAUUCGUAAAAGGACAGAUUCUCAUUUCGCCGAAUCCACUACAGUAAUAUAGAGAAAUUCAUAUUAGUAAUAAAAGAUUUAUUAUUUCAGUUUAA